AUGUGUGCGCUCUCCUCCCUCUCCCCCUCUCCGCCACAGGAGGAGUACUCAAAUGACGAGCUCCUCCACAUUCACAUCGACCCGCUCUCCAAUGGUCGGUACACUCAAACAGAUGGGACCUUGACAAUUCAUAGCCCUGAUCAGACCUUAGACAGGGGCAAGUACCACUGCAUGGCUGAGAAUAAGUACGGCAGAGUCCUGUCUCGCUCUGUUUCUCUUGGUUUUGGCUUCAUCGGAGAGUUCAACAAGAACCGAGCUGGUGACAGCGGCAAGGAAUUCUGGGGAAAGUCGGUGUCAUGCGACCCUCCGCAGUUCAACCCGGCGGUGCACUACUUCUGGGUGCGCAAUGCCUUUCCAGACUUCGUCCAGGAGGACCCGCGCGUGUUCGUGUCGCACGAUGGCAACUUGUACUUCUCGUCCCUGGAGAAAAACGAUGACGCAAACUACUCCUGCAAUGUCCAGAGCCGCAUCUCCUCCACGGGUCGCACGGGGCCCUAUUUCCACCUUCUUGUUGAGCCGGCCUCGAGCGGCCAGAAGCUGCUCUUUCCCAACAACUUCCCGAAGUCGUUUCCCGAAGCACCACUGGCUGGCAAUGACGUGCGCCUGGAGUGCAUUGCUUAUGGAUAUCCUGUUCCCAAGUACAACUGGACCCGCAUUGGAGGCCCGAUGCCGGUGGGAGCGCAGAUCAGCUCACACGGCCGUGUGCUACUCCUUCCACGUGUGCGCGUCGAGGACCUUGGCGAAUACGUCUGCAUCGCCAGCGCUGACCAAGACAGCAUUCGCAAGGGUGUCACCCUGAGCAUACAGGCAAUACCCGAGUUCACUAUCCCACUGGAGCACCAGGUGGCGGACGAAGGCUCCCGACUCACGUGGACCUGUGAGGCAUUCGGCAUUCCCGAGGUGGAGUACCGCUGGUAUCGCAAUGGCCAAAUGCUCAAGACUGAAAGCAGCGACGACUUGCGGGCCCGGUACAAGGUGGACAACAACAUCUUGGUCAUCGAGGACCUCAACCGUGCUGAUGAAGGCAUGUACCAGUGUUCAGCCACCAAUUCUCUCGGCACCAGUUUUUCCACGGCGCAGCUGAGAGUCGUCACCAUGGCACCCAAUUUCGCAAAGUACCCCCUGGACACGGAGAUGUAUGCUGCCGAGGAAGGCAACAUCACCAUCCCCUGCCGUCCCGAAGCAGCCCCAUUCCCGGAGUUCACGUGGCGACGGAAUGGCUACACCUUUCCACUUGGUGGCAGGACGCAGGUGCUCAGCAACGGCUUCCUACGGAUUGAUCCGGUGCGCCGUGAAGAUGAAGGCAACUACACUUGCGUUGUCAAGAACCAGUAUGGCACUGCCAGCAGCACUGGUGCCCUUGUCGUGCUGUCAUUGCCACGCAGCGUGGAGUCCCCUCCCCCAAAGGUGGUGGCCACGGUGGGGAGCCUGGAGGAGCUGCACUGCCAUGCACUGGCACCGCACAUGCUCGACCUCUCCUACAUCUGGCUGCACAACGACCUGCGCAUACAUCCACACGAGUGGCCCCAGUAUGGCGUGGGUUACCGGCCAGGCUACCUGGUCAUCUACAACGUGAGCUUCGCAGAGGCUGGCCACUACACCUGCAUAGCCAAGACAUCGGUGGGCAAAGUGUUUGCCAACACUGAGCUGCUGGUUCUAGGUCCCCCGGGUCCCCCUGGUGCAGUGCUUGGCCAUUCUUUCAACGCUACUUCUGGCUUUGUUGAGUGGGCUGACGGCACUAGUCAUGGCAGCCACAUCACAAGCUAUGCCAUCGAAGGCCGUACCAACCACAACGGCAGCUGGAGGGAACUGCGGAACGUGACGUAUGCCCCAGCUUCAAAGCACCACACAUCAGGCAGGCGAGAGAUUGAGCUCGGCAAUGUGCUGUCACCGUGGAGCAAGUACGAGUUCCGGGUGAUUGCUGCCAACUUGCUCGGCGUUGGCCAACCAUCUGAUCCCAGCCCACAGUACAACACGGCCGUGGACCGGCCGUACAUUGCCCCGCGCAACGUUGGCGGCGGAGGGGGCAAGGCUGGGUCGCUCACUAUUACGUGGACGCCGCUGUCGCCGGAGGAGUGGAACUCACCGGAAAUCUGGUACCGCGUGUACUACCGACCAUCUGGGGACCGAAGCGAGCCGAGAAAGAAGGACCUCCGCAAGCUGGGAAACAUGGGCCUGUACGUGGUGCCUGUUGGCGAGGAGAACUACUUCUCACCGUAUGAGGUUCAGGUGCAAGCGGUGAACGUGGUGGGCGAGGGCCCCAUCUCGGAACCAGAGAUUAUCUACUCAGCCGAGGGCAUGCCCCAGGUGCAGCCCUCAGGCGUGUAUGCCGUGCCACACAAUUCCACUGCCCUUAACGUCACUUGGACUCCGCUGGACAUUACCCGUGAGAAGAUUCGAGGACGCCUUAUUGGACACCGGAUCAAGUACUGGCGCAGCGACCUGGACCCACAGCUGGACUCCCUGAUUCUGCUCAAGCGAGAUCGAAACUGGGGCCUCAUCGUGGGUCUGCAACCCAACACGGAGUACCGGGUGGCUGUCAUGGCGUACAACGAGGCUGGAUCAGGCCCGAAGAGCGUCUUUGUGGCCAAGACGUUCAAGGCCGCACCCCUGCGACCCCCGACGAGCGUCAAGGUGCUCGCCCUCUCUCCCACCAGUGUGCGUGUCACGUGGCGAGGCUGUUGGUGCCGUCCAUAG